GACGUAUUAUUGGAGCUUUUGGAGGAGUGUGCAGACGGACUGUGGAAAGCGGAGCGUUACGAGCUCAUCUCUGACAUCUACAAGCUCAUAAUCCCAAUUUAUGAGAAGCGCAGGGACUUUGAGAAACUGGCUCACCUUUAUGACACGCUGCAUCGUGGGUACAGCAAAGUGACAGAGGUCAUGCACACAGGAAAGAGGCUGCUGGGCACAUAUUUCAGAGUGGCUUUCUUUGGCCAGGGCUUCUUCGAAGAUGAAGAUGGUAAAGAGUACAUCUACAAAGAACCCAAAUUCACCCCUCUGUCUGAGAUCUCCCAGAGGCUCCUGAAGCUGUACUCAGACAAGUUUGGGCAGGAGAACGUGAAGAUGAUUCAGGACUCAGGGAGGAUAAAUCCCAAAGACCUGGACUCCAAGUACGCAUACAUCCAGGUGACGCAUGUGACGCCGUACCUGGAUGAGAAGGAGCUGGUGGACAGGAAGACAGACUUUGAAAGGAGCCACAACAUUCGUCGAUUUGUAUUUGAGAUGCCUUUCACAAUAUCUGGCAAGAAGCAGGGCGGCGUGGAGGAGCAGUGUAAACGCAGGACGAUACUAACCACCACACACUGUUUCCCCUACGUGAAGAAACGUAUCGCGGUGAUGUACCAACACCACACUGAUCUGAGCCCCAUCGAGGUGGCCAUCGAUGAGAUGAGCAAGAAAGUGGCAGAAAUCAAACAGCUCUGCUCCUCCAGCGAGGUGGACAUGAUCCGCCUGCAGCUCAAACUGCAGGGCAGCAUCAGUGUCCAGGUAAACGCAGGACCUCUUGCAUAUGCAAGAGCUUUUCUGGACGACACGUGUCCCAAGAAGUAUCCUGAGAACAAGGUCAAACAGCUGAAAGAGGUCUUCAGGCAUUUUGUGGAGGCCUGUGGCCACGGCUUGGGAAUCAACGAGCGACUGAUCAAAGAGGACCAACAGGAGUACCACGACGAGAUGAAGGCAAACUACAGAGACCUAACCAGAGAGCUGUCCAUCAUCAUGCACGAGCAC